CAAUGAAAAAAUUACGAAAAAACUAAAUAAUGGAAACUGCUUUUGAAAACGAUCUUCAUAGAAGAUUUUCUUACAAUUAUCCGCAUCACGAUGCUCAAGACGAUGACGACUCCCUAGAAGAUUUCGAAGCGAAACGCGACACAAUUCUCGUCGAAGACAAACGACUUUGGGACUCAUUUCAAGACCAUCCGCCCGAAGAAACUUACGGAUCUUCCGUAAAUUUAAAAUGGUUAAACACUUCAGUUAAACUUUUGAAGAUUUUCGUGUAUGGCCUGGUUUUCGUCAUCAUGUUAGUUUGUUCGGUUGCCUCAAAGUCUACAAUGCUCUUUAUGACGUCGCAUGUUCAGCGAGACCUACAAGUCAAAUAUUGCUACUACAGACAACCGCAGAAAGAAUAUGUCGCGAAUAUUCCCGAACCGCAACGUGUUGCAUGGAUUUGGUGUCUAAUUUUCGCCUUUGGAGUCCCGGAAUUGGGAACUUUUGUGCGCGCCUUACGCAUUUGUUGGUUCAAAAAUAACCGAAAACCAACUUACGGUGAAAUUGCCAUAGUAGCUGCUUGUGAAAUUUUAUCAGUAACUGGCUUGGCGAUGUUUGUCUUCCUAAUUUUACCGGAAUUGGAUGUUAUUAAGGGUGUCAUGUUGAUGAAUUGUGUCUGUUUUCUGCCAUCAGUCUUCAGCAUAAUUUCACGUCCCUUCAAAAAUUGGACCUUCCCGUUCAUCAUAGCCAUGGAUUUAUUGGCACUUUUGGGACAACUUACCGGAUUAAUAGCUUGGCCCGCUCAAAAUAGUCGAAAUCUCGUGCUUUGGUUCACGCCUCUGGCAUUAAUCCUUAUUUCGCUUGGUUGGUGGGAGAAUUAUUUGUCGGAAAAGUCGCCGUUACUCAAGUACCUCGAUCGAGACAACGAUAAAAAUCACACAAAUCCAACCGGAAAGCAAUACGAGUUCUCUCGUGCCUUUGCAACGUUCAAACAAAACAUUUAUCAGUCACGAUACCGGAUCUACUUACUAAUAGCUCCUCUCAAAAUGACACUUUUUGGCAUUUUUGGAGCACUUUUCACGGGCGUCACGUUUCACGACUUCUUCAAUAGCUUCGAAGUUGGUUGGGGCAACCAUACAAUCAACGUGACGGAAGUUGUUCCCAUCUACAAUGAUCAUGCCACAAGCGCCAAGCUGGAUGUCACCGAUAUCACGAGCAUUUUAGACAAUGAACUCAUUUAUUCGACCCCGAAUGCAGUUCUCGUGAUAUUUUUAGUGCACAUUGCUUCGUCGUACUUGUGUUAUAUUUGCGGAAAAUGGGCUUGCAAAAUUCAAAUUCAACUUUUCUCGUUCGCGCUUCCCAUUAAUUUGGCAGUUCCGGUCACAAUUACGUUUCUUUUCGUCAUAAUUGGCAUUCGGGAGUUCAAUACGUGCGUUUUUCAUGGAUUUUUACCGGAUUACUUGUUCUUCAGUAUGCCCGAUGAGCGAUAUGACUUCUUAAGUUAUCUCAAAAAUGAGUUUAGCUGGGUCUGGUUGUUGUGGCUUUUCUCCCAGACAUGGAUUACGAGGCAUAUUUGGUCGCCAAAGAGCGAGAAAAAUGCCGCGACAGAGAAACUUUUUGUGUCUCCCAUGUACAACAGUUUGCUAAUUGAUCAGGAUUUGGCCUUGAAUCGCAGAUGGGAUGACGAAGACGAAAUUGUUAAGCGCGCGGAUAUAAUUAAGCAGAAAGAGGAGUGCUAUGACAGUUAUGUGGAUGAAAUGGGCGACGAUAUUAAGCCUUCAGACCGAAUUCCACAAAUUUAUAUCUGCGCAACCAUGUGGCACGAGGAGAAAAAUGAAAUGUUGGAAUUUUUGAAAUCCAUUCUGCGACUUGAUGAGGAUCAGUGUGCGAGACGGCUGAACUUGAAGUACAUUCAGGACAACAAAUCCGACAUCGAUAGUGAUUAUUACGACCUAGAAACUCACAUUUUUUUCGACGACGCCUUUCUCUUAAGUCGAAAAAAUGUCGAAUUUCCCGAAGAUUACGCCAUGAACUCGUACGUUCACUUGUUAAUUGAAAGUAUAGAGGAAGCUGCGUACAAGAUUUACAAGAAACACAUCAAAAUUCAAGCGCCAACGAAAAUUGAGACCCCGUACGGUGGCAGAUUAAUUUGGAUUUUGCCCGGAAGAACGCGGAUGAUCGCACAUCUGAAGAACAAAAAUAAAAUUCGUCAUAAAAAACGAUGGUCACAGUGCAUGUACAUGUAUUACUUACUCGGAUAUCGCAUAAUGCAGAUGGAAUGUUCGCCGGAACGGAAGGAAGUCAUCGCGCAAAAUACAUAUUUGCUCGCUUUGGAUGGCGACAUCGAUUUUCAGCCAAAAGCUGUUCAUCUUGUGGUGAAUCGGAUGAAAGUUGAUCCACAUUUAGGAGCUGCUUGUGGUCGCAUUCAUCCAACAGGCUCAGGACCGAUGGUUUGGUAUCAAACUUUCGAAUACGCGAUUGGUCAUUGGUUGCAAAAAGCCACGGAACACGUGAUCGGUUGUGUUCUUUGUUCUCCGGGAUGCUUUUCACUUUUUCGAGGACGUGCAUUGAUGGAGGAUUGUGUGAUGAAAAAAUAUACCACGAAAUCCACGGAGGCAAGACACAUGGUGCAAUACGAUCAAGGAGAAGAUCGUUGGUUAUGUACUUUGUUGUUGAAGCAAAAAUAUCGCGUUGAAUAUUGUGCCGCCUCUGACUCGUACACGCAUGCGCCCGAAGGAUUUUUUGAAUUUUUCAACCAACGUCGACGAUGGAUCCCCUCAACAAUGGCAAAUAUCAUGGAUUUAUUGGGCGACGCGAAAUCUGUGGUAAAAACGAACAAUAGUAUUUCGAUGCCGUUCAUCGUGUAUCAAGCAGUUUUGAUGAUUGGAACAGUUUUGGGUCCGGGAACAAUUUUUUUAAUGAUGGUCGGUUCAAUUUCAGCUGUUAUGGGAUUAAGUCUCUUCGAUGCGCUGUACUUUAACAUGAUACCACUCUUAAUUUUCAUCGGUUUAUGUUAUUUUGCGCCCCAAAAAUGGCAAUUGACAGCAGCUUUCGUCAUUUCUGUGCUUUAUGGACUAAUUAUGAUCGCUGUAGUGGUCGGCAUUGUCAUACAAUUGAAGGAAGACGGCUUAUUUGCACCAGCUUCGUUAUUUUUUGCCUUCAUGAUUGCCCAAAUUAUCGUCACUGCCUUCUUACAUCCACAGGAAAUUGGAGCGUUGCCAUCGUUUGGCGUUUAUUACAUCACAAUUCCAUCGAUGUACAUGUUGCUGAUCAUCUAUUCGCUAUUUAACUUGAACGAUGUGUCAUGGGGAACGCGAGAAGCACCCAAAGAAGACGAACCCACGGUUGUAGAACAAAAACCAGCUGAAUUACCACAAGGCCCGAUCGAUAAAGUAUUGGGAUUUUUACGAGAUACGAGUAAUGUCAAAGAAAAUGGAAGCAUGGAGGUGUCAUGUGCAGGUCUUUUCCGUUGUAUGUUGUGUACGCAUCCCCAAAAUGAUGAAAGUACGAAGCAACUAACGGUCAUUGCGGCUUCAUUGGAAACUCUCAAUAAGAAAAUGCAGGAUUUGGAGAGAAAAAUAUCAAAAGAUGAAGCACCUGAGUUCGAUGAUGAGCCUGCUGAAAUCAGAAUCACCACUGAGGAAAAGGAAAUAAUUAAUAAACAACUGGAAAAACCAGCUCCUAUUAAAUAUUUGCCGGAUUGGCAAGUAGAUCCUGCUUUGAAAGACAGUCAAAGUGACACACUUCCCAUCGACGAGGCAGAAUUUUUCAGAGAUCUCAUCGAUACGUACUUGAAGCCGUAUGAUGUGUCUCCGCAACAAAAGAAAACCCGUCUUGAUGUGUUCCUGCUGCAACUAAAGAAGGAAGAACUCCAUUACGAAUGGCCUUUCAACGCCGACAACACAAUCAUCUUCCACGAGGACAUUUUCGAAAUUACCAUCAAACGAAAGUACCUCCAACUUGAACCGAUUGGCUUUAUGUUUGUCAUAUUUUUCGGUGUCGUUCUCGCCAUUCAGUUUGUGGCAAUGCUAAUACAUCGCUUCAAAACCAUUUCGCAAAUUCUCGCUUCCACGGAGAUCAAUUGGUACUUUAACAAGCAAGCAGAAGACAAAACUGCCGUCGCUGAGCUCAAAGAAACGGGAGUUUUACUUGCAAAAAUUCUCCAGAGACCCGAACCGCCGCAAGCAGAUGAACAAACGGACAAUUCGAAGAAAAAUGUUCGUCGAAACACGAUUCAUCGGAAUAUUCAGCAGCAACAGAGCUAUCACGUGGACGAAAGUGAUUUGGAGAAAAACUUUUUGCGAAAAUGGAAUUCGAGUAAAGAGCUGAAUUUGGGUUCGUCGCUUAGUGGCAAAGGGAAACACCUGAUCGAGGAAAGAAGAUCGAUAGCAAGAGCCUCGAGAAAUCAGACGAGAUUGUCAAAUAGCGCAGCGGCGGAGAGUAAGAAGGAAGAUGUUUAUCAAAAUCAAAGACUUCGACCGUUGCCAGAUAUUCCAGAUAACGAAGUUCCGUUUUUCGAUGUUGAUAUGAUGGAACAUAGUUACAGUUAAAAUUUUUGGAACUAAUAUUUAUAUUUUUUACCAAAUAUUUUUAAAAAAGUAUUAUUUUCAUAUUUAGGCCGCUCCAAAUGAAACAAUA